AUGGUUGAUCUAGUCGGAAAUACAGACCUAACCCAUAAAUUGAGCACUUCGAACAAUGCCGGGGCGAUAUUCCUUGCGAAUAUCGGCGACACGGAUCGGCGAUGUUCCAAAUCAGCACUGCAAGGCAGUCCUCCGUCCAACGAGGAACUUGCAGCUUGUAAUGAUGCGUCAAACGACCUUCAGCGAUCUCCUCGUUUUAUGGCGCCUCUUCGCACCGUUCCCAUUCCUAGCUUAAGUCGAAAAGCUUAUGGAACUGUUGCUAUUACUAACGCAGAGGCACGCAAAAAUGUUCGCGUAUUCCGUCGUGAGGGAUCGCAAUGGUUAAUCACGCCAGCAGGUCACAGAUUCCCACCAAGUCAACUUGGAAAAGGUCUAGAACUAGGGAUAGAUGGUAGGAAUACCAGGCGGCCAGGUGAAUGGGACGGAAGAGUAACCAUCCGAUAUACUGUUCACGACAAAGGGAAGACGUCAGUGGAUAGCGUGAAAUUACGGGUUGCACCUAUCUUAACUCACAAUCACUCCGAAUCAGUCCGACAGAUUAUCACCACUGCUGGAAAUAAUACUGGCAACUUUUUCCAAGGCAGAUUCGUAUCUGCUCUUGAAGGAGCUCUCGCCAAAAUGGACAUCAAGAUUCCACUUUUCCAGUUUAAUGCAUCUGAUGACAUUUGGGCGCAAGAUUUCUUCGAGCCAGGGUAUACCAGCAUGCCAGGUCCUGAUGGGCCGAUUGUACUGCAAAUCAUGAUACGCUCCGCGCAAGAUGGCCGCAUUGCUGGGCGGCAAGUAUUCGAGUACCUACGAGGGCCAGAAACUGGAGCGGUCCAGCACCCUGGAGGAGCGCGUGACGAAAUCAACUCGAUGGGGAAUUUAGAAACUAUCCCACCUUACACUUUUAACGGCAAAAGAUACCCUGCUGGUCGCAUCAUUCUCGGGACACACGGACUCAAGAAGCCACAUAUCCUAGAAUACCUACAGGCACAAGAGGUUCAAGACCCGCUACUACUAGACACUGACUGGCUUGCGAUUGGACAUGUUGACGAGUUUAUUCAAUUCCUUCCUUCCAAUAAUUCUUUGGGGUGGGUUAUGCUGUUCCCAGAUCCGCAGGAAGGCCUUAAUCUCUUGCGACGAGCUCAAUCGGCUGGGCACGGCAGUGUUCGCGCAUUUUCCCGCCAGAAUGACACAGAAGGAAAUCCACAUGAUCUGUUUGGGCUCCCCGGGGGCCUCCGCGGUGUACCAAGUUAUACGAUCAAUGACCUACUUUCCCAAAACCAUACGGUAGAAGCGAACGCCAGAUUUUCCAAACGUAUCAAGACUAACAUUGACCUUCUCAAACGUGAAACGGGUAUUAAAGACGUAGACAUAUAUGCUGUACCCGCAGUGUUUCGUACUAGCCUCACCUAUCCACCGAAUGUAGGAGUCGAUCCUAAAAGAAAUGGUAGCUCUGAGUUGGCUGCGUCUCUUUAUCCUGCUACGAUCAACGGGUUGGUGCUGAGCGAUACACAAUACCUGGCACCGAACCCCUGGGGCCCAGUUAUAGGUGGCGUCGAUAUCAUGGCAGAUGCGGUGUUGAAGGUAUAUGGUGGGUUAGGUUUCAAUGUCGGGUUUGUGGACGAUUGGAACUCUCAUCAUACUUGGGGCGGUGAAGUUCAUUGUGCUACCAAUACAGUUCGGGAUGGGAAUUACUGGUGGUAA